AUGCUUCCUCUCAUGUCUCCGCAGGAUCGGGUCUCUCGCCUCAAUGAGAAUUGGACGGGCAUCACCGAUGCCGCACUUCGCAAGAAGCUGCAGAAUAGAAUUAACCAACGUGCUAUGAAUCCAGAUUCAGCAAACCAAGGCACGCGGAAAUUGCUGCUUCCGCGGCCGACAUCGCUGUCGGGGGCUGUAGCCAUGAUGAUGAGCUUCCAUGCCGCAGCUUACGAACGGUACUACGCGGCGGAUCCAUGUCUGGAUCAUCUGUUGACCUUGUCCAAGAUGAACGUUCUGCGUGCGUUUGUGGAUAUCAUGGGCGUACUGGGGUGGAGUUUACAGGCGAUGGAGGAUAAUGAGGUUGUUUCUCCGUUUACCAACCGGAAUCUGCAGCAGCAGGAUGAAGAGACAAGCGUUCCGCUAAAUCUUUUGCCCACCACUACUCAAUGCUCCGUCCCUCAUCAUCCCUGGUUUGACUGUUUCCCGUUUCCGCAGAUGCGCGAUAAUCUAAUCACUGCUGGGGAGGGGUUUGAUGAUUGCGAGCUCUGCGAGGACAUGAUGGAUCCUACUAACGGCGACAUUGGUAUGAUGGUAUGGGGUGACCCUUGGCUUCCGCAGAGUUGGGAAGUGUCCGAGUUGUUCGUUCAGAAGUGGGCGUGGGUUAUGAAAGGAUGUCAGGAACUUUUGGUCUCUAGUAAUUACUGGAGAGCUAGACGAGGACUGGACGAGCUCGAUGUGAGCACUCUAUGA